AUGGGCACAGCGACGGCCGCGCUGGGGCGCGGCUUUAGCUUUACAUCGUCGCUCUUUACGCAGGAUGCGCUCCAGUGGCUCUGGGCGUACACGGUGGAGCUCCCGCCGCACCUCUUCAAAAAGCCGGCGCGCACGCCGCUCCGCGCCGCGCCGCGCUCGCUCGGCGUGCGCAGGCUCGAGCCGGGCGUCGCGGUGCCGGCGCAGCGGCGCAUGCGGCAGAGCGCGGCGCGUACAGGCGUCGCGACACCGACGAUCGCGCCGAUCGACGCGCCCGCGCGGCGCGCGAGGGCCGCCGAAGCCCUCGAAGGAAUUGAUGCAAGCGACGUGGCGAGCGUGCGGCGCGGCGCACGGCGCGUGCUGCGCCUCGAAAAGACGGGCGACGCGGCAGAGCGCCUGGAUACCCUCCUGUGCGCUGCGCUCGCACAGGAGCGCCCGUUUCACGAGCACGCAUGGCUCGCUGCGCUGCAGAUCGAGACGUCCGUUGCGCGGGGCGCACACCACGACGCACUUGCGCAGCUCUCGGCACUUUUGGACGCGCACGCCGAGCUGCUCAAGGAAGUGCGUGCACUGGGCGACGCGGGCGCGAUGCAGCGCCUGCGGCACAAGCCCGGCCUCGCCGUGCUGUACCAUGCCGCCAAGGCGGUGCUCGGCGAGGGGCGCCGGCGCGUGCAGGCCGAGCUGCGCACCGGCCCGUCCGCCUCGGCGCCGGCGCUCGCCGCGUGGCUGUGGGCGAAUCCGCUGGCCCUCGCGCUCGUCCAGCCCGUCUUUCCCAAGGUGUGCCAGGCGAUCUAUACCAUACUUGCCGCGCUCCCCAAUCCGGUCGGCGCGGUGCGUGCGCUCGAUGCGCACCGCGCGGGCCUCGUCGCGGCCGCGCUCGCGAACCGCCAUGCGCCCGAGACCGCCGCGCAGGUCGUGCUCGAGUGCAGCCGGGUGCACGGCAUGCCUCCCGAGCCGCUCGUGCGGCGUGUGCUGCGUGUGCUGAUCGAGGGCGGCGGCCGCCGAGUCGUCAUUGCACCGCUCGUGCAGCUCGUCGACACGGACGAGGCGCAGCACGCGACGCUCCGGCUCUUGGCGACGUACGACGCGACGCACGGCGACGCGGACGGUGUCGCACGCCGCCUCGCGCGCCUGCCCGAGGCGAUGGCCGCGCCGAUGCGUGUGCACACGAGCCUGCUCCUCGCCGCGCACGCGGGCGACGUCGAGGGCGUCGAGGCCCUGUACGAGACGAGCUUUGGCCGUGCGCUUCGCGACGCGUACGAGCGUCCCGACGCGGAGCCCUAUGUAUACCACCUCUUGCUUGCGUACGCCGCGCGCGACGACUACCUCGGCGCGCGCGGCGUGCUGGACGCGUACAAAAUGCACCGCGCGGUGCCCGAGCGCAUGUUCCUCGUGCUGCUGCGCAUUGCCGCGCGGCACGCCGACGCCGACGCCGCGCUGCACCUCGUGCUUGAGAUGGAGGCGUCGUUGGUCACCUCGACCACGAUCCUGCACCUUGUGCGUGCGCUCGGCGCUGCGCGGCUUGCCGACCGCGCCGCGAGCGUCAUGGCGUACUACCGUGCACAAGGCGUCGUGCUUGGGCGCCGCGUGUACAAUGCGCUGCUCAACGCCUAUGUCGAGGCCGGGCACUGGAGCGCGGCAUUUGGCACGUUCCGGUACCUGCAGCAGCACCCCCGUCCCGCGAUGCGCCCCGAUGCAGCGGUGUACACGACGAUGCUCAAAGCGCAUGUGCUGCGCGGCGCGCCCGUCUCGCGCGUGCUGCGUCUGCUCUGGUCCAUGCGGCGCCACGGCCUGGUGCCGGACGAGCGCACCUACGCGUUGGUGCUGCAGAGCGCGUGCGACGCGCGCGACCUGCGCCUCGCCGAGUCGCUCUUUGAGCUGAUGGACGAGGCGCUCGUGCCGUCGCACGGCGGCGCGACACUCCACCACUAUACGAUCCUCCUGCACGCCCUGCUGCGUGCCGGCAAGUCGCGGCGUGCGCGGCACUACCUCGACGCGAUGCGUGCGCGGGGCAUGGAGCCGAGCCCGGUGACGUACGGCGUGCUGAUCCGCUCGUACGCCGAGAGCGAUCCGACGUCGCACGUCGCCGGCGAGCUUGCGAUGCAGCUCACCAAGAGCGCCGCCGCCGAGCGCCGCACGACGCUCGGCGAAGGCGUCGCGUACGAAAACAUGCUGCUCCCCCUGAUCCACGUGCACAGCCGGCGCGGCGAGCUCGAGGCGGCGGACGCGCUCUUUGCGCAGCUGCGCGCCGCGUGUGCGCCUGCGUCGCCGUCGCUGCGGGCGUGGACGUCGCUGCUGAAUGCGUACCGGUACGCGGGCGACGUCGAGGGCGCGCUGCGUGUGUGGGACGAGCUGUACCUGCACACGAUCGAGCGGGUGCCGUCGGUCGGCGCUGACCAGCGGAGCAUGCUGUGCUUCCCAUUGUCGAUCAUUAUGGCCACCCUCACGCACGACGGGCAGUUUAAGCGCAUCGCACAGAUCUGGCAGCGCGUCAAGCGUGACGGAUUCGCAUUUGACGCACACAACUUUAACCAGCUCGCCGUGGCGCUCGCGUGCUCGGGGCGUGUGUGGGAGGCGCUGCAGGUCAUUGAGCAGGUGCUGCCCGAGCGCCCGCCGGCGCUGGAGAGCGCGCUUGCCCCGCGCAUGCUCGCAUCGGACGCGCUGCGCGACGAAGAGGCGUACGCACGCGAUCCCCUGUACCAGCCGCCCGCGCCCAGCGCCGAGGGGCCGUGGGCGCCGCAGGUUGCGAGCGUCGCGCGCCCGCCGAACCGCCGCGCGGCCGUCGCCGACGUCGAUCCCGCGGCCGCCACGCUCGACGGCGACGCGCCGGAUUCCGCGUGGCUCGACCCCGCGCUCCUCGCGCCGUCGCACGCGUGGUUCGCCACCUACGACACGCUACGGGAGGUGUGUGCGGCCAUGGACCGCAUGCCGAAAAAGACACGCGCACGCAAGCGCGUGCGCACCGGCGUCGCCGGCGCAGACGCCCUCGCCGCGCCGCCCGAGCUGGUGCCCGCGGCCGAGGCGCUGCACGCGUUCCCGAUCGCCGCCGCGCGCCUCGCCGAGUACGAGCAGCGCGCCGCGCGCUGGGACGCGCCAUAG